AUGGUUAUAGUCAGCCUUAUCCUCCAGCAUCUUCUCGUCAUAUCUGGGAAUCUUCGACGAGGAUACGUUGGGAAAAAAUUGCCUUGUGUGGCGAUAAUUGUAUGGUUAGUGUAUUUGUCAGCAGACUGGAUGGCAACUAUUGUGCUGAGUACCCUUCUUAUGGGCGAUGUUAAGCUUAAACAUGGCCUUAUUGUAUUUUGGACGCCCUUCCUUUUGUGGCAUCUUGGCAGCCCUCAUAACAUUACAGCUUAUUCUUUAGAAGACAAUGAGCUGUGGCUACGACACUUUCUUGGCAUGGUCUUCCAAGUGUCAGAGGCGGUAUAUAUCUAUAUCAGGUUUCGAUCAGACACCGACCUCAAUUUUAUGGCUGCUCCAAUAUUCCUUGCUGGAGUUUGCAAGUACGGAGAAAGGAUAUGGGCUCUCAGAUCUGCAAGCGACAAGCAGCUCAUAAAUUCCUUGUACUCUUCAAAAGGAAAGGCUUGGCCACAGGAAAAUAAAAAUAUCAGAAUAGGGCUGUCUGAGUCUGCAAUAAACGAUUCUUUCAAAGGCAAAGGCAACGUUUCCGAGCUCAACUUGCUCCGCCAAGCUUAUUCAUCUUUUGUUAUUUUCAAGCCUCUCUUCCUUGGCCUCCCAUUUGGGCUUUCCGCAAAAUUUUAUGACGACAUGGUCUACAUCAAGUCUAAAUCCGCGGAAGAUGCCUUCAAAUUGGUAGGGUCUGAACUGGGAUACCUUUACGACUUGCUUUUCACCAAGAUGCCCCUUCAUCACCAUCAGCCUAAAUUGAGUUUAAGUCUUCGUGCCUUGUGCUUUCUGUCUGCUGUGUCAUCACUGAUUGCAUUCUCAGCAAUCAUGGAUAAGAGUGUGCAUUCAAAAGUCGACAUUGUCAUUACUUAUCUGCUGUUGCUGGGAGCUAUUUCUCUCGACGUAUAUUCAUUUAUAAUGCACGCUCUCUCUACAUGGGCAAUGAUCAGGUCCCCCAUUCCAAAAAACAUGGUGCAAAAAAUGUACUCCAAGGUUGUUGCUUCCAGGAUGAAUUUGGUUGAAGCCAAGAUGGAAAUCAAAUCAAUGGCACAACAUGAUCUAAUAAAUUAUUUCGCCGAGGCCAAGACAAACAAGUUCACUGAAGCUGUAAGGAUUAUUGACACUGGUAAUCUUUUACAGAAGUAUGGGCAUACCAAUUGGAAGCCUGUUGAUUGUGAAUUGAAGAAAUUCAUCUAUGAUCAUCUAAAAGAGAAGCGUCAGACGUUGGCCGAGAAGGGUUUCGGACAGGAGGAUCUCGAGAAGUUAUUAAAUGCGAAAGGUGAAAACAUGUUAGAUGAACAUGUUAUGGAGGACUUGGUCGGCACAACAGAUUUUAUACAAGGCAUUUUUUGUUGGCAUUUUGCUACAAAGCUUGUUUACUACGAUGAUCUCGACAACUUUCGAACAGGUACGCUCGGUUCAUCCUGCGAAAUUGCCAUGUCUUUGUCUGAUUACAUGAUGUACCUCGUACUCGUCCGUCCAUUGAUGCUGCCUAAAGGGUUCAGUGAAGUGAUAAACAAUGAAAACUACCGCCAAGCCAAAAUUCUUUUCCCAGAGGAUAUGACAAAAAACAUGAGAAAAAUAGAAGUCAGGAAAAAAUUUACAUCAGUGGUGCUUGGGCACCAAAAUUUUCUCAGUGAAAGUAAUAGCUUGGAAGUGAUAAACGGUGGGUGUAGGUUUGCCCAAAAAUUGCAGAGUGUUAUCACAGAGUUUCGGUGGGAUCAUGAAGAGAAAUGGAAAAUGAUUAGUAAAGUGUGGGUGGAGAUGAUGACUUAUGCUGCCAGUCAUUGUUCUUGGAAAGAGCAUGCUCAACAAUUGAGGCACGGUGGGGAGCUGCUUACUCAUGUUGCCCUUCUUAUGGCACAUCUUGGUUUGACCACUCAGAUCCGCAGAGAAAAACCACCUGAUCAUGAGGAUGAGCUUAAUCUGCCAUUCCCACUUUAACUAGGCGUAAUCCAAAAUGUUGAUGAGCCUGAUUUUAUUCAUUUAU